CGCAAAUAGACAGGGAUCAGCGCUAAACGAGGCCACGCAUUGUCUGGCCCUCCCGCCCUCGGUUGCGAGCGAGCAACGUGAUUGGCCCAGGCCUCGGAAAGAGUGCCCGGGGAUCCAAAUGUACAGGCCGCAUUUAUCUUAGUGUCGAAAAAAUAAACCCAAACAAUAACAGACACAACCGAGAAAGGAGACAUAUCGACGAUCCAUUUGAAGGAGUCCAUAAUAAGGGUGCUCUCUCCCAAUGGAAGGAAGAAACACCAGCAACACACUGUUCUUAUUUUAGAGUGCAUUGACAUCAAAUGUGAAGCWUUUUUAAGAUCAAAGAGAUGGACCACGGCGGAGGGAUCCUGGAGCUACACACACAGGAGUUAAAGAUGCCUCACACCAUGAUCAUGCAAGACUUUGUGGCAGGAAUGAGGGGCCUGGCCCACAUCGACGGGGAUCACAUUUUGGUGUCUGUGCCUGAGGGCAUGCUCCUGUCUGACGUCAUGACGGACGAAGGCAUCCUGCUGGAGCACGGCCUGGAGGUGCAGGGCCUGGAGACGGAGGUGGAGGUGGAAGGCCUGGAGACGGAAGUUGAAGGCUUUGGAGCGGAGGUGGUGGAGCUAGAGACACAGAUGGUCGAGGGCCUCGAGACGGAGGUGGUUGAAGGCCUGGAGGUCGAGGGCCUGGAAGCGGAGGUAGAAGUCGAGGGCCUUGAAGCGGAGGUGGAAGUCGAGGGCCUUGAGGAAGAGGUAGAGGUCCUAGAGGAAUAUCUAGAGACUGAGGUGAUUGAAGGCCCUGACAUCGGACACGAACACUUGCUGGGUUCCGAAGUGGCCAUCGUGGAGGCUAUAGACUCUCACCAUCACCAUGUUCUAACCUCAGACCUCAUCCAGGGCUCAGUCCACCAUCACCACCACCACAUGCCAGACCAGCUUUUUGUGGAGCACCAGGAGGAGGAGGACGGGUUGGAGGGCUUGGACCAGGAGGUGGGGGAGGAGGAGACAGUGAUCCAGGCCCACGAGGAGCUGCCGGUGGACGUGGAGGCUGUCUCUCUGCAGACUGAUGAGGACUACCUCAUGAUCUCCUUGGACGACGUUGGUGAGAAGCUGGACAGAAGAGACACUCCUCUAGAGAUCACUACUGAGGUGAUGCAGGACGACGCCUCCAACAAGGAGGGGUCCGAGGUCAUCAAGGUCUACAUCUUCAAAGCCGAGGCUGAUGACGAUGUGGAGAUAGGUGGGACCGAGGUGGUGUCUGAGAGUGACUUCCAUAACGGCCACCAUGCUGUGUUAGAGUCUGGGGGAGGAGGCAGACAUGGCCGGGGGGAGAGGAUGGUCUACAUGGCUGUGAAGGACCACGCCCAGUCAGACCACGCCCAGUCAGAGGAAGAUAUCAAUGUGUCAGACAUGGCAGAGCAGGUGUACAUGGAGGUGAUUGUAGGAGAGGAGGAGACCUCUGCAGUCCAGGAGAACCAGCUAGAUGACUCUCCAAACAGCAAGAUGUUAGCCCCUGUCUCCUGGGCUGCUGCCUACGAUAACAACAGUGUGGACACAGUGAAGAAUGGAGGGACCAGGCCAUACCUUCAGAUCAGAGACGGUCAGGGCACCAACAGAGCCCUCAAACAGAAGAUCAAGAAGAAGAAGAGGAAUGGCGAAACACGGCAGUGCCAGACCGCUGUGAUCAUCGGUCCAGACGGCAUGCCCCUGACCGUCUACCCCUGUCACAUCUGUGGUAAGAAGUUCAGGUCACAAGGCUUCCUCAAGUGCCACAUGAAGAACCAUCCUGACCACCACGUUAAGAAGUACCAGUGUACCGACUGUGACUUCACCACCAACAAGAAGGUCAACUUCCACAACCACCUGGAGUCCCACAAGCUACUGGUGCAUCACAGAGACAGAACCUCUUCCCCAGACUACCCAGAAUACAACAGGACCACCCCAGAGUACCCAGAAUACAACAGGACCACCCCAGAGUACCCAGAAUACAACAGGACCACCCCAGAGUACCCAGAAUACAACAGGACCACCCCAGAGUACACAGAGUACACCCGGCGUUACCACGAAGACAGCCAGCUAGGGUCUAACAAGCUGAUCCUGAGGGACAAGGAGUCCAAACUGCACCACUGUAAGUACUGUGACUAUGAGACUGCAGAGCAGGGGCUCCUYAACCGCCACCUAUUGGCCGUUCACAGUAGGAAYUUCGCCCACGUGUGCGUGGAGUGUGCUAAAGGCUUCCGUCACCCGUCRGAGCUCAAGAAGCACAUGCGGACCCACACGGGCGAGAAGCCGUACUGCUGCCCGCACUGUGACUUUCGCUGUGCAGACCAGUCCAACCUAAAGACUCACAUCAAGAGCAAGCACGGUGCCGACCUGCCUUUUAAGUGUGGCCACUGCCCCCAGGCCUACGCAGACGAGGGGGAGCUGCAGCGGCACACAGAGAUGGUGCAGGGACACAAGACCCACCAGUGUCCCCACUGUGAACACAAGAGCACCAACUCCUCUGAUCUAAAACGACACAUYAUAUCUGUUCACACCAAAGACUUCCCUCACCAGUGUGACGUGUGUGAGAAGGGCUUCCACCGGCCCUCUGAGCUGAAGAAACACUCCGAGAYGCACAAGGGCARCAAGGUGCACCAGUGCAGGCACUGUAACUUCACGACCUCUGAACCUUUCACCCUCAGCAGACACAUCCUGUCCGUUCACACCAAGGACCUCCCCUUUAAGUGUAAACGCUGCCGGCGAGGGUUCCGCCAGUCCACGGAGCUGAAGAAACACAUGAAGACCCACAGCGGGAGGAARGUGUACCAGUGUCAGUACUGCGAGUACAACAGCCCGGACGCUUCAGGAUUCAAACGCCACGUGAUCUCGAUCCACACCAAGGAAUACCCCCACUGCUGUGACUACUGUUGUAAAGGCUUCAGAAGACCCUCGGAGAAGAGUCAGCACAUAGCCAGACAUCACAAAGAUAUGCUGAUGGAACGUUGUUAAUACAAUGUUGACACAAUGUUACCCGGACAGACAGACUGACACACUCACUCCUUAGUCUAUGUAGACCUUUUUCACACGACGAAGGGGGAACACAUUUAGGCAGUUGAUAAGGAUGGAAUGGUACAUUUAGACUGCUAGCAAUGAUAACAUUCUGACUGCUUCUCUUUUUCUACUGGUUGUAUAGAGUAGGAUUAGGUCUCACCAGACCCCCCCCAUUCCCUCUCCCCCAGGUGUAAUCAAACUAAGCAUGUGGUGGAAGUUGGUGAAGUUUAAAACCAGUGUAUAUGUUGUCAGUGGGGCGCCUGUCACUCUUUCUGUAUUUAUUUAUCUGCAGAGAAGAGGAUUCACCAUAUGAUGACGUUUUUUUUCAGGUUCUCAAAAUAUGUCUGUGUAUACCUGUUGAAUCUCUGGGAGAAAGAAAUGGACAGAAGGACGGCGUCCUCUAAUAUAGGAAGUGGUUAUGUGAGAUCGUUAUUCAGGCCUGUUCUUCUCUAUCUCACCAGACUGUAUCUGGAUCAAACUAGUGGAUCAAACUAGUGCAUACUGGAGAGCUGCAAGGCUCUGCUACCGACUAGUAUCUUCAAACCUGGGUUCAAAUCAUUUUAGAACUAUUUCUUAUACCUUUAGCGUUUCCUUUAUCCUGCCUAGUGGACUUUUGCGAAUCGGUUGGUUCCGUUGUGCCAGGCAAGCCUAGCGAAGGUAUGUAUUUGAAAUGAUUACAAAUAGUUUUUGAACCCAGGUCUAAGUAUCCUCCCAAUAACCUGGUUUAUAUCCUAAUACCAUUUGUUUUAAAGGCAAUCUGAAUCACAAUCAUGUCAUUAUGAGCCUGUGGGCCCUGUUUGGGUGGUCCACCUGUGAGGUCAGAGUGGAACAAUGUUUACACAAGCACCUUAACCUACGAGCUACGAAACCAACUCAUUUUUUAAAACAAAUAGAACUUUGUUUUGUUUCUUAACAGUGCCAAUUUAUUAUUAAUUAAACUUGUUUAAUGUUUUGGUGUUUGGUGGACAGAUGGUUCUGUUCUGUAUGUUUGGUAAAAACUUCGGCAGUUGUCACCACCGUUUUUUGACCUUGUGAAUGCCACUGUAAGUUGUGUAUAUGACCUUGUGAAUGCCACUGUAAGUUGUGUAUAUGAUGUGUAUGUGUCUUCACAUAGAACACAGAUGUGGUCACACACAAGCCAACCAUCCGAUGGUCAUGUGUUAUGUUCUGUUUCUCCUCAUGCACUGAGCUCUGCUAAAACAGACAUCUGAAAAGUAAAGUGAUUUUAAGUCUCAAACAUAUGCCGUGUAAAGAGAUUGUGUGUUUGAGUCAGUAGAAAGCACUUUAACUAUUGUUUUGUUCAUUUAACAUGUACGGUGUAUAAUAUAUAUUCCCUGAAUGAGACAAUAUGAGUGUUGGAAAAGAGUUGUGGGUAUUUCCGGGCCUGGAGUGGGACGGUAGCGGCCAGUAUUCAUCUAAAUGUAUUAUCAAUAGAAAGCUGUCUAAUGAACUCUUCUGUUUUGAUAUCUGAUAGGUAAUUGGUUGGUCUUUCUGUUGAGAUUUCUGCUCACUGGUGUCCAGUAACCCCACAGUCACUUAAGUACAAUGGUGGAGAGAUUGUCGUUGGAGUAUUAAAGUAUGCACAUAGUAGGCUGGCCAUGAAAUGAAUUGUGUAAAAAAAAAAAAUGUAUGCAUUUUCUAGAUUUUUUUUUGUUGUCUAAUUUUUGUCUGAUUGUUCAGAAAUACUGGUGAGGAGCAACCAAAAUAAACAAUUAUCUUUUUA